CGUACAGAUACAUGUUUCUUGUACAUUCUUCUCUUCUUUCAGGAAGAGAAGUUAAAGCAAAUUUCCACCAACAACAAAGAGAAAGAUGAUAAUUUGACGAUACGAUUCGAGGUAGAAACGAAUUCUACAACAAACUACAACGACGAAAUAAUACUGCGAUAUGAUUUGUACAAAAAGUUUACGAACAAGACGCAAAACAAUGGAAUGCCAUAUAAAUUUCCUAUUAUUUCCACGAAAAAUGAUCACGAGGAUUUUGAUUCGAUGUCAUAUAAAUUAAGCAAGCGUUCUGUUCACAAUCGUGAGGAUAAUGACCAAAUACUGAUAAACUUUCACACCAAUUUGACAAAUGUCAAUCAUAAAGGCAACUUUACAUCACAGGAAGUUUAUGAAAAUUUGAUUAAAGAGAAUAAUUUCACGUUGAAUAAAGUUUUUGAAAAUUCCAGUAAAAACACUAAUGAAAGUAUUAAUAUAAUCCCAUACGAAAUGUGCCAUAAUAUUACUUGCAUUCUGCUUUGUUGUCCUCUUGGUAACCGCAUGAGAAUGGAUGACGACAAAUGCAAUCCUGAAAAAAAUGAAUUCAACUUUUUCCCAAAUGAUAUAUUUAUAAACGAUUCGCUACAAAGCGAAAAUAAGAGAGACGAAUUGUUUCACUUAGCCGUCUAUGAUUCGUGUCAGAAAAAGGAACGUUUUUUGGUAGACAAGAAUUAUCAGUACGAUUAUAAGAUUUUUGCCAAUGGUUCUAUUUAUUUAUCUCAUUAUAAAAUAUUAUUUAAAUCGACAUCAUAUUGUCUCGCCGCCAUUGUGGACAGGGGAGACAAGUUCGAAGUGACUUUCUGUUCAGAAACUUACGAUAUGGUCUACAAAAACGCGAUGAAAUACGCACCUGAAAUCCGCUCAAGAUAUGAAGCAUGGUCCAUAUAUGCAUACUUCCGUGCAACGUGUAUACUAUUUUUGGUGCCAAUAAUUCUGGUGUAUUCCAUAUUGCCAGAACUUCGAAACGUCCAUGGCUUUAUGUUGUGCAAUUACUGCACGGCUUCAUGCCUCGCACACGUAAUUUACCUUGUGAAUAUUAGUCAAGACAAAGCGGAUUUAUCAUAUCCGGCCUGUAUUGCACUUGCUUUCUCCGAAUAUUUCUGUGUCAUGUCAAGUCAUUUCUGGCUAAGUGUCAUGAGUUUUAAUAUGUGGCGGAUAUUUAGAGGAUUCUGUUCAUUGCAAAAAAACGCCAGAAAACCAGAAAAAAAAAGAUUAUGGUAUUAUGUGAUUUUUGCAUACGGUGUUUCAUUUAUACUUGUUAUGGUUUGUAUCAUUAUCGUGAAUUUGGUUUCCGAUUAUUCAUCAAAAAAUUUACGACCAGAAUUUUGGUUAGCAAAUUGCUGGUACUUUGGUAAACACAUUGAAAUGGAUGUGUUGUGUAGAAGUAUAUGUUUCUACGGGCCCGAAAAUGCCUGCGUCAUUAGUAGCAUCUGUUUAUCCAUUUCUGCGGUACUAAAGAUCAAACGCUAUGACAAAGAUAUUGGUCUUCGUCUAACAGAUUCGGAAAGCAGACGGUAUAAUGAUAACAAAAAAUGGUUUAAUCUAUAUCUGAAGUUAUUUAUCACAAUGUUUAUCGUGAUAGGCAUAGAUUGGAUUGUGGUUACAAUAGUAUGGACAUCUAGAAAUUUAAUGCCCCAUUUUUUGUAUUAUUACCUAUAUUAUCUUAUUGGUUCAAUAGAGAUUGCGAAGAAUUUCUGCAUAUUUAUUAUAUUUGUAUGUAAAAAGAAGAUCAAGUUGAUGUUACUGAAGCGUUUCGGAAGCGGAACGAACAUCGAGCAUUUGACUCGUCAGAAGUAUGUAUGUAGAAAAAAUUGAGUUUUUUCGAACAAAAGGCUGACGCACGAAUGUAACUGAACUCUAACGUUGCAAUGUGCAAAAACAAUUUUAUUGCAGAUCAGAAAUCAACUAUUAAUCAGAAUUAAACAUAAUCUUAUAAUUUUUUAAUCAAUAGUAAUUUUGCAGUAUUAGAUAUAGAUGUUCACGGUUCUUUAAAGGAGUUUAAAAUUUCAUAUGGAAAAUUUAUCUCAUCGGUAUCGAUACAUAUAUAUUAUUAAGUCAAAUCAAUGGUUUUUAAUCUUAAAAAUUUUCUUCAUCAAAUAAUCUUGU